GUUCAAGCAUCUCUUGCGAGGACUGGUAGGGAUACGCUGCAUUUAGCUCUUCUAGCUGCUACGCUUUCGCCAUGGGUAUCUCUAGGGAUUCAAUGCACAAGAGGCGUGCCACUGGUGGCAAGAAGAAGGCAUGGAGGAAGAAGCGAAAGUAUGAGCUUGGACGUCAGCCUGCAAGUACUAAACUGUCUAGCAACAAAACAGUGAGACGAGUUCGUGUACGAGGAGGCAAUGUGAAGUGGAGGGCACUGAGGUUGGAUACAGGAAAUUAUUCAUGGGGUAGUGAGGCAGUUACUAGGAAAACACGUAUCCUUGAUGUGGUUUACAAUGCCUCAAACAAUGAACUUGUUCGAACACAAACUCUGGUGAAGAGCGCAAUUGUUCAGGUUGAUGCGGCUCCCUUUAAGCAGUGGUACCUUCAGCACUAUGGUGUUGACAUUGGCAGGAAGAAGAAGGGGGCUGCCAAGAAAGAAACUACUGAGGAAACCGAGGGUGCAGCUGCUGAGGAGGCAAAGAAGAGCAACCAUGUCCAAAGGAAACUUGAGAAGCGGCAGAAGGAUCGUAAACUUGACUCUCACCUUGAGGAGCAGUUCGGCUCUGGUAGGUUGAUGGCCUGCAUCUCAUCCAGACCUGGUCAAUGUGGCAGAGCUGAUGGAUAUAUUUUGGAAGGAAAAGAGCUUGAGUUCUAUAUGAAGAAAAUCCAAAGAAAGAAGGGCAAGGGUAGCGGCGCUGCUGCUUAAUUUUGCAGUCAAGUUUUUUGAUCUAGUCAAUCUUUUAGUUUGCUGUACUUUACCUCAAAAAUAUGAGAAUUUGAUUUGGGAACUUCUUUCUCUCCUUAUAUUUAUAGUUGGUGAUGACAUUUUACUGUUCUUAUUGUACUGAAUUUUGGUAAACCAUGCUGGUUGGACUUUGUUGCCUUGUUUCUAUUUUACCUCUCUAGUUGUUUAUGGUGCUUCA